AUGGCUGAGAAUACUCAAAAACUAUGGGGUGGUAGAUUCACCGGUGAGACAGACCCAUUGAUGCACCUUUAUAAUGCAUCUUUACCAUACGACUGGAAAAUGUACAGAGCAGAUUUGGAAGGUACUAGGGUCUAUACAGCUGGUCUUAACAAGCUGGGGUUAAUUACUCCAGAAGAAUUGACCAAGAUUCAUUACGGAUUAGGUGAAAUUAAGAAAGAAUGGGAUGAAGACAAGUUUGUUCGUCACCCUAACGAUGAGGAUAUCCAUACUGCUAAUGAAAGAAGAUUAGGUGAAAUUAUUGGACGUGACAUUGCAGGUAAAGUCCAUACUGGUAGAUCUCGUAAUGAUCAAGUGGUAACUGAUAUGAGAAUCUUCUGCCGUGAUACCGUUAAUGAGAAAUUACUUCCUGGGUUAAAGGAAUUAGUUAGUGUUAUGGUUAAAAGGGCAGAGAAAGAAAUUGGCUAUUUGAUGCCAGGUUAUACCCAUUUGCAAAGGGCUCAACCUAUCAGAUGGUCUCAUUGGUUAAGUUCCUAUGCUACUUAUUUCACAGAGGAUUUGAAGAGAUUGAGACAACUGUUGGAAAGAUUUAACCAAUCACCUUUGGGUGCUGGUGCUCUUGCAGGUCACCCCUAUGGUAUCGACAGAGAAUUUUUGGCUGAGGAAUUAGGGUUCCAAGGUGUCAUUGGUAAUUCUCUAGUGGCAGUCUCUGAUAGAGAUUUUGUUGUGGAGCUAAUGUUUUGGGGGACUUUGUUCAUGAACCACAUAUCACGUUUCGCCGAAGAUCUAAUCAUCUAUUCAACAGCUGAAUUUGGAUUUAUCAAAUUGAAUGAUGCUUAUUCUACAGGUUCAUCUUUGAUGCCUCAGAAGAAGAACGCUGAUUCCUUAGAAUUGUUAAGAGGUAAAUCUGGUAGAGUAUUUGGUGAUUUAGCCGGUUUUCUAAUGAGUUUGAAGGGUAUACCCUCCACUUACGAUAAGGAUAUGCAAGAGGACAAAGAAUCUUUGUUUGAUAGUUUAACUACCGUGGAACAUUCCAUCUUAAUUGCUACUGGUGUCAUUAGUACACUAGCUGUUAAUUCUGAAAACAUGGUUAAUGCUUUGACUGUUGAUAUGUUGGCUACUGAUUUAGCUGAUUAUUUGGUUAGAAAAGGUGUGCCAUUCAGAGAAACCCAUCACAUCUCUGGUGAAUGUGUUGCUAAGGCAGAAAACUUAGGUCUAAGUGGUAUCGAUAAAUUGUCUUUGGAACAAUACAAGACCAUUGACUCUAGAUUUGAAGCUGAUUUAUUUGAGACUUUCAAUUUUGAAAAAAGUGUGGAAAGAAGAGACGCCACUGGUGGUACUGCCAAAUCUGCCAUUUUGAAACAGUUGGCCUCCCUACAAUCACAAAUCUAA